AUAUCCUCCUCCGGUCCAGCUAACGGUUUACGCCUGAUUAGCUGUUGUUUUGGCGAAACCAUUUGCUGCUCGCUCGUCGUCGGGAGCAAGAAGAAGGAGACAUUUGUGUUGUUUUCUGGAGGUGAUCUAGCUUGCUCGAUGGCCGAGGAGGCGAAGAAGGUGGAGGUGACCAAGGACAUCGCCGAGGAGAAGGCGGUGGUGCCGCUGCCGGCGCCGCCCAGCCAGCACGACGACUCCAAGGCCAUCGUCCUCGUCAAGGAUGCUGAAGCUACAGGAGGUUCAGCUGAAAGAGAUGCUUACCUCGCAAAAAUAGUGUCCGAGAAAAGAUUGGUACUGAUCAAUGCCUGGGAGGAGAGCGAGAAGGCUAGAGCAGAGAACAGAGCGGCCAAGAAGCUGUCCUACAUCACUUCAUGGGAGAAUGCAAAGAAAGCAGAGAUGGAGGCUGAGCUGAAAAGGAUCGAGGAGCAACUGGAGAAGAAGAAAGCAGCAUACGAAGAGAAGCUGAAGAACAAGCUGGCGUUGCUGCACAAGACAGCCGAGGAGAAGAGGGCGAUGACGGAGGCGAAGCGAGGUGAGGAGCUGAUCAUGGCGGAGGAGCUGGCCGCGAAGUACCGUGCAAAGGGCGAGGCUCCGACGAAGCUCUUCGGCCUCUUGAAAGCCUGAGAAGGAGAAAAGGAAAAUGACGAUGAUGAUGAGAUGAGAUGAUACACGAUAUUUGCUGGGAUUUGGUGUUGUUAGUAUGGGACUGUAAGUGUAUGUGCAUGCAUGGCAUCCGUGUGUUCGUGCGUUUCGUGUGUAUGACGUCUAGUUGAAGGCCAGUUGGUUCGUGUUUUGUGGGUUGGAUGGUGUUUGAUUUCUGGUGCAUUUUGUAAAGGAAUUUGUGUAUAUGCAUAGGGAGUGCAGUUCUGAUGGAUUAUGGAUACGUUUAUUCUUUCACGAAGAUUUGUUAGUAAAACAUUGGUUAUUAAUUGUUGUA